AGAGGUUUUAUUGCUCUUCUGAACUCUGUCUUUGCAACGUCCCAUCCAUUUCACUAUUACUCAUAUCUGGCCACCUAUUAAUAUCUUCAUUCUGAGUUUUCUUCUGAUCCCACCUAAAUUCUAUGCCUCUUCCUCUCUCCUCCCUCCUUCUGGCCUUCGCGAAUUUCUCCUUGUCCUCAUUCCUCAACCACUCAACAUGAUGGUGCAAGAGGAAGUCAUGACUGAUGUCACUGUUCCUCCUCGAACCGUGCUUUUGAUAUCCGCCGGUGCUAGCCAUUCCGUUGCCCUACUCUCUGGAAAUGUUGUUUGCUCAUGGGGACGGGGAGAGGAUGGGCAAUUGGGCCAUGGUGAUGCUGAGGAUCGGCUUUUCCCUACACAACUGAGUUCAUUGGAUGGCCAAGAGAUAGUAUCUGUUACUUGCGGAGCUGACCAUACGAUUGCGUAUUCAGAGUCCCGCACGGAAGUGUUUAGCUGGGGAUGGGGUGACUUUGGAAGGUUGGGUCACGGUAAUUCUAGUGACUUGUUCACUCCUCUUCCAAUUAAAGCGUUGCAGGGUCUAAGGAUAAAGCAAAUUGCUUGUGGCGACAGCCAUUGUUUGGCAGUUACCAUGGAAGGCGAGGUGCAGAGUUGGGGGCGAAAUCAGAAUGGUCAACUUGGACUUGGCACCGCAGAAGACUCUCUUGUGCCACAAAAAAUUCAAACAUUUCAGGGAGUACCUAUCAAAAUGGUUGCUGCUGGUGCGGAACAUAGUGUAGCGGUCACUGAACAUGGGGAACUAUUUGGAUGGGGUUGGGGACGAUAUGGAAACUUGGGAUUGGGAGACAGAUUUGAUCGUUUGUUGCCUGAAAAAGUUUCUUCUGUUCAUUUGCAGGGUGACAAGAUGGUCAUCGUUGCUUGUGGUUGGCGGCACACAAUAUCUGUUUCUUCUUCUGGAGGACUGUACACAUAUGGGUGGAGUAAAUAUGGCCAACUAGGACACGGUGAUUUUGAGGACCACCUCGUGCCCCACAAGCUUCAGGCCUUGAGCGAUAAAUUUAUUUCUCAGAUAUCAGGUGGUUGGAGGCACAGUAUGGCGAUAACAUCUGGUGGACAACUUUAUGGCUGGGGUUGGAAUAAGUUUGGACAGGUGGGAGUGGGUGACAAUGUUGAUCAUUGCUCUCCUGUACCAGUGGAAUUUCCCCCUGACCAGAAAGUAGUUCAGAUCUCAUGCGGAUGGAGACACACUGUUGCUGUUACUGAUAGACGAAAUGUAUAUUCUUGGGGAAGAGGCACAAAUGGACAACUUGGACAUGGCGAAACUGUUGACCGGAAUGUACCUAAAAUUAUUGAGCUCUUGAGUGUUGAUGGGUCUUGUGGGCAACUUAUAGAAUCAUCCUCAAAGGCUGACCCGUUAUCUGGGAGAACUUGGGUCUCACCAUCAGAGAGAUAUGCAGUUGUUCCGGAUGAAACUGUUUCUGGACAAACUGGUGGUUCAGGGAGGAGCGAUGGGCUUGAUGCAAGCGUCCCUGAAACUGACGCCAAACGGGUUCGACAUUGAGUGCUAAAUUUUCAACAGAUGAGGAGAAUGUAUUGUGCAGCUCUACUUCCCACACCACUCCAUGAGAAUCAUCAUAUGCCACUAAGUACUAGAUAUUUAGCUUUGAUGAUGAACCAUGAUGGUUGUAAAUUGAAGCCAUGCUUUAAUGAAUGUUGCGUUUGGUCUUCUUCUUCUGUGUCUAGUUAUUAGGGAAUACUACAUUUAGCUUAGCUUGGUUUAAUCUACUUUUCAAUGUGUUAUUAGGAUGAUGUGUUUUGCUUGGUCAUUGCACUGGAUUUAUUUGGGAGACUCCCACUCAAGUCGAAGGCAUGACCAAUUAGCCGUGAA